AUGGCUGUGCCAACCAGUCUGGUGGUUCCUGUCGGAUUGACUAGAGAAAAUUUCUCGGUACGGAAGAACACGAUCGUCCCUCUUCUUAACGGCUACGAUCUUCAAAAAUACAUCGAUCAAGACCCGCCGGCUGCCACGAUCGAUGAUCAACCGAAUCCUGCCUAUCAAGCCUGGUGGCGCAACGAACAGCAGGUGCUCGGCUUUAUUAACUCCUCUCUCUCCGAAAUAAUUCUAUCUAAACUAGGUCAAAAAACGACCACCAAGGAGCUCUGGACGGCCAUUCAGAAAACCUACUCCUCGUCCGAUCGCUCCCGCAUCAUGGAUCUUCAACGGCACCUCCACAACUUCGUCAAAGGCGAUUCCUGCAUCGAAGAAUACAUUCAAAGAUUCAAACGGCUUGCCGAGGAGCUUGCUCUAGCUGGUAAACUUGUUGAAGAAAUAUCUCAGAUUUGUGUUUUUUUAAGAGGCCUCGGUCCCAAAUAUAGCACUUUUGAUAUUAGCAUUAACGCUAAUCUCAAUCAUCUUACCUUCGAGGAUAUCAUCUCUAGUCUUCGAUCCCAUGAAGCCACAAUAGCUCAUCACCAACAGAUGGCUCCUUCGACACUCUCAUCUACCGUGGCACCUUCAGCAAAUCUUGCCCAAACUAAUCAGACCGAUAAAUCUUCUGGUCAUCUGCAAAAUUGGUCUCAAUCCAACCGUGGAUCCGGCAAUAAUCGUGGAAGACGAGGAUGGGGGAACCAGAAUUGGCAGCCACGCUGUCAACUCUGUUCUCAAUUUGGCCAUCAGGUGUUUCAAUGUAGGGAACGGUUCAACCCUGCCUUUCAACCGCAAUCUGAACACGCCUACAACCUACCUGUCCUGAAUCUUCCACAUAUCACUCAGCCGCAAGCUUACUUGACGACUCAUCAUAAUCCACAACCGGCACCGGUCAACUGGUAUCCCGAUAGUGUUGCUACUCACCACAUCACACCUAAUCAAGGGGUCCUCCACUCCUAUACUCCCUAUCAAGUCCCCGAUCAGCUGCAGAUAAGUAAUGGCUCAAGUAUGGCUAUUUCUUCUACUGGCACCGCUAUAAUUAAAACCCAUUCUUUUCCCUUAAAAUUAAAUAAUAUAUUGUAUGUCCCUCACAUUCAAAAACAUCUACUUUUUGUUAAACAAUUUACCGAUGAUAAUGAUGUUUUCAUUGAAUUUCAUGCUACCUACUAUCUUGUGAAGGAUGAGAAAACCCACAAAAUCCUCCUCAAGGGAACAACUGAAGAUGAACUUUAUCUUCUUCAACUGCAUGGUCAACCUUCAGUGUUCUUGGGGGCCAAGACAGACCUUGCUACAUGGCACAAUCGAUUGAGACAUCCCCAAUUUCAGAUAUUGAUAAGUUUUCAUUAUCAUGAGUUAAUGAUUAGUAAAUAA